GUUCCACUGCAGGCUCGAAUGAAAUGUCCGUCUCCCUCCCCGGGCCCCGGCGCUGCCGCCGCGCCGCCGCCGCGGGGACCAGGAAGUGGGGGGCGGCAGCCCCCGGGCCCCGCUUACCGGCCGCUCGUCUCUUUGUGCGACCGGAGACGCGGGGGCCGCGCGGCCGGGGGGAGCGGAGCGGAGCGAGAGAGCGGGCGGGGAGGCGGCGGCGGGGGGGGUCUUGGCAGGGGUGGUGGGGCGGCUGCCCCCGCCGGUGUUCCCCUCUUUUUGCGGGGCCAGGCGCAAGGAGGUGCUUCCUCCCCCCCCCCGCCCCGGGCUCCGGCUCCGGCUCCAUUUUGUGGCCUAGGCGGCGGCGGCGGCGGGGGGUGUGGGGGGGUUAGGAGGCGGGGACGGGAGCGCGGUUGCCCCGCAGCCGUGUCCGCCGCGGGCCGCCGGCUCCCCUCGCCGCCCGCUGAGAUCGCGGCGGGGCGUACGACCUCCCCUGCCCCGGGCCGGCCUGGCGGCUGCCGCGACCCCUCGGCGGCGAUUUCCCUCCCGGCCCGGCGGGCGCGCUCGGUCUGCCCCAGGGCCCCCUCUUCCCGGCGGCGGCAUGGCGGGCGGGGAGGUGUGUGUGUGUGUGUGGUGUGUGCGUGGGGCGGCUUUGUGGCGGCCGCGCGUCGCCGUCCGCGGGCGGAGGGGGCUCCGCUGUCUUUUGUUUUUGCCCGGCCAGCGCCUCAGCCCGCCGAGCCCCCUCCCCUCGCCGCGGGAGCGAGGGGCCGGGGCCCCGCCGCGCUUCUGGCGGGCCCCCACCACGCCCACGGCCCCUCAGCGGGCCGGGAGCCGGGCAGCGGGGCGAGAGCGGCCCGGCCUCCCCGCCGCCGUUGUCGUCGAGACCGAAAUUCCCUUGAAGGUCUGGCGGCCCGCCUUUUGCAGGGCUGAGGAGUGUAGGGCGAGGCCCCGGGAUGCGGUGAGAGGAGCCGGGUGACGGCGCGGGCAGCCCGGUGCGGGUACGGCGUUUCGGGGAGGGAAUAACGGGCAGUGGUCUGCAGGAGGGCCGCUCCCCCUCUCCACGGGCACGGGAGGCUGCUGCCUUCCGCCAGAAGUCACAGCCAAGGUGGUUAACAAUAAAGUUGCUGAAUAACUGGG